AUGUCCAACAUUAAUCAGUAGUGAUUAAAUUACAGAAUUAAAUAUUUAUUUGCUUAUAAGAUUCUAAAUUUUGCUUCCAAUCAAUCGACAAAAUUACGUCAGAACCAUCCGUUAACUCACCCGGCAGGAGUCACGUGACCAGGCCACCCUCUCACCUGUCUGCAGCUCCUGUGUUUGUGGACUGCUCAGGUGUUGAAGCUCUUCGCGUGCUUGCUGCAGAGCCGGGUCUCAUUCACGUCUAAGAAUUCUGGACCAAGAUUCAUUCAUUCAUUCAAACUGUGAAUUGAAUUUAGAAAACUCAGCGCUGGUGGGUUUAUCGCGCAACCAUCCAUCUCUUUCUGCCCAUUUACCCCCGACCCCCUCCCCCCCGAAUUAAUCUAACCCUUCCGGGCGGGGCCACAUGAGUCGGUAUAAGAGAGGAGAAACUCCGGUGGGUGGAGGCAGGAAUCUCCUGUGGAUCUGCUGCGACCCUCUGCUCCUCCAGUCUCGAGUUGCCGCGUCCUCCGCCCUCCUCCUCCUCCUCCACCACCACCACCGGGACCAGAACCAUGGACAGCUCCGGGAUGCUCCGUGGGCUGCUGUUCGUCGGCCUCCUGUCCGCCCUGUGUCACGGCCAGGCGUCUCAGGACGUCUCCGCGGAGGACUUUGGAGUGGAGAAACCCGACCCAGGCGCAGAGAGAGACCUGAUAGAAGCGCUGGAGGCUCUGCUGGGCAGGAGUCAUGAUCGGAUUUCCUCCACCGAGAAAAGAGGGACUAUCCCGCUGUGUGGGAUGGGUGACCGGUGUGCCAUGAAGUUUGGGCCUCGCAUCGGGAAGCUGUGCGACUGCGGACGAGGAGCCAACUGCAACUCCUACCUGCUCAAGUGCAUCUGAACCUGAAAAUGCGGAGAGGACUUUUAUUUCCUUUUUCCAGGAUCAAACAUCUUUCAGCUGGCUGCACACAAACCCGGACUCUCGUCUCACCGUCGGUCUCUAACGUCACCGCUCAUAUCUGUUGUGCGUUGCUGUUGUGUGUUUGGCACUCGCUGCCUGAGGAUGAGCAUGGAUUUCGUGUUGGUGACAGUGCUGAUGAUCUGCUGUAGCACGUAAAUGUUUUGUGUCCAAUAAACAAAUUUGUCAACAUAUGAUUUUGUCAUUGGAUUUCCUCUGGGAUGUUUUGGUCCAUGUCCUCGUUGUAACUGUAAAAAUAAAUUUCAAGGAUGAGACAAGUUUUAAUUGGAACAAUUAAAAUGUACACGUGAAUAAAUCCC